AACAAGUCCUUGAAGGCAGCACAGUAACCGAACGCUCUAUAUUCUUCACACGGCGUCUCUCUGCGGCCAUGGUAACACUUUCCUCAAUGCUGGAGCGCUGAUUCAAAAAAACCCCCCCACAAAAACAGGUGCUUUUCAUGCAGCUAUUAUUCAGCAUGAAUUUGGCAGAGAUAUGUGACAACGCCAAGAAGGGCCGUGAGUAUGCUCUGCUUGGGAACUAUGACUCCUCCCUUGUGUACUACCAGGGCGUCAUUCAACAGAUCCACAAGCACUGUCAGUCCCUCAGAGACCCCGCACUUAAAGUCAAAUGGCAACAGGUCAGGCAAGAACUCACUGAGGAGUAUGAGCAGGUUAAAGGCAUCAUGGGAACGCUCGAGAGCUUCAAGUCAGAGAAGCCAAUUGACAUCCUUGCACCUCAAUCCGACGAGAGACCUGAGGAUCCAGCAGUUUGGCCCCCUCCCAUCCCUGCAGAACACAGGAAUCCUGUUGUAGUGAAGCGUCCCAACAGUGCAGUGAAGCAGCAAAGGAAGGAGUCCCCUGGUCUGCAGCAUCGAGGGGCAGGGCCAGGAGGCCGCAGUCAGGCAAACCCUAAACCAGACCGGCCGGGAUUCAGAGACGCCCGAGGCACAAAGGCCAAAGACGAUAAGGGAAAGAAAGGGGUUGGAGACGCACCAGGGGAUGUAGAACAGAAGAAAUUUGAUAGCACAGGAUACGACAGUGACCUGGUGGACUCACUGGAGAGAGAUAUUGUGUCCCGUAACCCUAACAUACACUGGGAUGACAUUGCUGAUCUGGAAGAUGCGAAGAAGCUGCUGAGAGAAGCAGUGGUGUUGCCCAUGUGGAUGCCUGACUUUUUUAAGGGCAUUCGUCGCCCCUGGAAGGGUGUAUUAAUGGUCGGCCCUCCAGGGACAGGGAAGACCAUGUUAGCCAAAGCUGUGGCCACAGAAUGUGGGACUACUUUCUUCAAUGUGUCCUCAUCCACCCUUACUUCCAAAUACAGGGGCGAGUCUGAAAAACUUGUUCGUCUGCUGUUUGAAAUGGCCAGGUUUUAUGCACCAACAACCAUCUUUAUAGAUGAGAUUGACUCCAUCUGUGGCAGGAGAGGAACAUCUGAUGAACAUGAAGCCAGCCGCAGGGUCAAAUCAGAACUCCUGGUUCAGAUGGAUGGUGUUGGGGGAGCCCUGGAGAAUGAUGACCCCUCUAAGAUGGUGAUGGUCCUGGCUGCCACCAACUUCCCCUGGGACAUUGACGAGGCGUUACGACGCCGCCUGGAGAAGCGGAUCUACAUCCCCCUGCCCACAGCUGUGGGUCGUGUAGAGCUUCUGAAGAUCAACCUGAGGGAGGUGGAGGUGGCUUCUGACGUGGACCUGGACCUCAUUGCUGAGAAGAUUGAGGGCUACUCUGGAGCAGACAUCACCAACGUUUGCAGGGAUGCGUCCAUGAUGGCAAUGCGUCGUCGAAUCCAAGGCCUGAGCCCCGAGGAGAUCCGCGCUCUGUCCAAAGACGAGUUGCAGAUGCCUGUGACCAUGGAGGACUUCACCCUCACGCUCAGGAAGAUCUCCAAGUCUGUCUCUGCUGCCGACCUGGAAAAAUACGAGGCCUGGAUGGCUGAGUUUGGAUCAGUAUAGAGAACGUUUAGAAGGCUUAAAACCAGAGGGACCAGAACCUUAAAAGGAGGACUUGUAGCUUUGUAGAUGAUGAGCAGGGACUCGGGAGAGUACGUCACAGAGCUGAGUGAAUUCUAGUAUGUGAACCAGGCUGCACAUCAGGGAUCAAGAUAAUGCAGAGGCUCUAGUUCACACCAGAAGACUGGUGCCUUUGAGUGAGCAUGAUGAGAAUUUUCAGUGGCUUCACUCCCUCCACUGCCCUUUCACAUAUGCUCCCCUCGCUGUUGCUUCGACACAAUUGUCCGUGUAGAGACUGUCAGUCAUCCCGCUGCUGACUGACUUAAGUGACCUGAGGGAGAACGGGGUGAGCUUCCCUCAAACAGGGAACUUUUAAUGUAAAAAGUAGCCUAAUAUGCACAGGUAGACCACAGAAUGCACACUAGUUUUACUUACAUAUUAGGCCUCAAGCAAGAACAUUAUCGGAUUCUUAGCCUAAACUCCUCGUACUUUUUCCGUGAAGCUUUUUAAUGCGAGUGUUCCAGGACGGAUUCACCGAACUCUCUUAACUCGGCAAGCUUGUCGUAAAUUGCUCAUGUCAAACUGAUGAGUGCCAGCUGUCAACAUGUAGGUGAGCCUUUGUGAGAUUUGCAUAAUCAACGCCCUGACAUCUGCUACAUAAGAGUCCCAGCUCUGCUCCAUUUGUGGGCAAGUUUCAUUCACAAAAUGUUACCAAAGAGUAAAAAAGGAGACGCUGUCAGGAAUCAGCAGCCGAAAAACACAACAGAUUUAGCGGUAUAAGUGGUCAUAUUAAGAGACCUGACAUAAUUAGAAAAUCUCUAUACAGCCGGC